GGGUGGGCUGGUCAUCGCUCGGUUUCUGGGAGAAAAGUGGAACUGGACUCAAACCCCGAGCACACGCUUUGCCAUGUUCACUGGAGCGAGAUCAUGAGUUUAGCCAACAAGUCAGAACAGACCUCCUCUCCCUCCCUCACCCUCUCCUCCACUUUAGAGGAGGAGAACAAUUUCUCAGCUUUGGUCACCCACGACCUUUUGUAUUCCCCCGUGUCCCUCCCCACCUCCUCCUCCAUGAUGACCUCCUCCAACUGCACCAGCUCUCUGUUACCUUCCUCUCCUCCGUACAACUUCUACGCUGUGCUGUUAGUCCUGCUGAUCUUCUGCGUGGUGUUCGGGAACGUCUUGGUGUGCGUGGCGGUGUCACGGGAGCGUGCUCUGCAGACCACCACCAACUAUCUCAUCGUCUCCCUGGCUGUGUCGGACCUGCUGCUGGCAACGCUCGUCAUGCCCUGGGGCGUCUACCUCGAGUGUCUUGCCCAGGAACACUUCAGCAUCAAACAUCAUCGAUUGCUUUUGACACCUAACAUGUGGAUGUGCGUGUGUGUGGCAUGUUAAUGUUGCAUGUUCCCAUGUUGCUGCAGAUACACAGCCGUGGCCAUGCCGCUGCUCUACAACACCAGAUACAGCUCCAGGAGGAGGGUGGCCGUGAUGAUCUCUGUGGUCUGGUUCCUCUCGUUUGCCAUCUCCUGCCCUUUACUGUUUGGACUGAACAACACCGCAAACCGAGAAGGCACCACCUGCAGCUUUGCAGACCCGGCCUUCGUGGUGUACUCAUCUGUGGCUUCGUUUUACGUUCCCUUCAUCGUAACGCUGCUGGUGUACGCCCAGAUCUGCGUGGUGCUACGCAAACGAGGCAGACGAACCGCCCCGCCACGCAAACACGGUCUGCUCAACCAAAGUGGAGCCGGUGAAGGUCGACAUCGGAAGAAUAAAUGCACACAACCAGAAGAUGUGAAGUUGUGCACCCUGAUCCUCAGACCGGCCACUGCUGGUCCUCAACGCAAGAAGGUGACCCUGGGGAAGGAGGCGAUGGUUCAUCCCCUGGAAGUGGAGCCGGGUCGGUUCCUUCCGCAGACCGAGCAAAGCCUGGCUCCUCUCACCACUGCUCCCCAGACCUCAUCCCAUUCGGAACGAGCUCAGAUCUCCCUCUCCAUCUCAGUGGGACCUGCCCCCACUCUUCCCUCGACCGUGACGAGAUCAGCCCUGACGCCUCGGCCUCCCACCCUCGAUGACGGCAUGAGAGGUCGUGAGGGAUGGAGGGAGCGCAGCGCGGGCAGGGAGAAAUGGAGCGCCACCAAGGAGAGGGUGAGGGGGAGGCUGUCACAGCAGAAGGAGCGGAAGGCGACGCAGAUGCUCGCCAUCGUGCUCGGUGUGUUUAUUAUCUGCUGGCUGCCGUUCUUCCUGACCCAUGUGCUGAAGGCGCACUGCAGGAGCUGCUGUAUCUCUCCAUCACUGUACAGCGGUGUCACCUGGCUCGGGUAUCUUAACAGCGCUGUCAACCCCGUCAUCUACACCACUUUCAACAUUGAAUUUCGCAAAGCCUUCAUCAAGAUCCUGCACUGCUAGGCCCGGCUAAUGAGAGGUGUCAGCUGUCAAAAUCAAAAAUAUAAAAAGUGGUUUUAGAUCGAGGGGGAAGUAAAGAUAAAGGACUCGGAGUUAGUUUGAUACUGAGGAGAACUGGGACAAAAGUCUGGAUGACAGGUCAAAGUGAUGCAAGCUUUUUUUUUUAAAUUUUACGAUGAGAGAAAAGGAAUCAGACAAGAUGAAACUACAGACAGAGAUCAUGAUGUGCACAAAAAACAAUCUGUGGACCAAGUACAAGUAACAAAAACACACAAACAUGAUAUUUUUAGAAGGGAGUACCUGCUUCGUGUGGUGUAUAUGUAUUCUGUAAAGGGAAUAUGUGAGAACAGGUGAUCUCACCUCAACGUUCAGACUCCAA